AUGCAAGAAUGUGUUUGCAGUACGGUUGAGAGGCUAUCUAAUGAUUUCGACGAGAGCCGAACCGCAGAAUUGGUCUCAGCUCUCAACAAGCACCUGGAACAACUUCGGACGCUCCUGGCUCAGUCUAAAUCACUUUCUCGAGAUGUUCAGUAUCAGAUCAUACCAAACAAUCCCCGAAUUUCCAAGGUGGUAUCAAUUCAGUCAAUUGACUUCUCACCACUAAGUCGAGUCUAUGACAAGUUCACUGGGGACCCUGAUUCGUUCUGGGAACAUUCCGAGGACCCCGCCCAUGUUGAGCUGCGACGACGGCUCAUCUGUGUAAUUCUUUUCCUCAGGUCAAAGCUGGAAUCAGAGGCGGCAGUACCACCUCGGAUCGCGAGGCUUUUGCAAGGACAAAAGUCUUACACUGAGCUCAAAAAUGCUGGGCGGAAAUAUAUCAAAAUCGGGCGCAGGCUCAAAGAUAUCGGAUAUCCACCUAUGUUAUACUCUUAUCUAAAUCUUUCUGUCUUAUAUAAUGAGUUUCUUUCCGGUGAAAAUCAGCUGUUGCUGUGUCUCUAUGCAUUGGGCGGCACUAAUAUUCCGGACCUGCUUCUGAGCAGUGUUGAAUUACCACAGAGACGAUGGACUGCCGACGGGGAAGUAGAACAAAUCACAGCCUCGGAGUUGAAUGUUUCCCCUGAACUGGUAAAUAUUCUCUCGGUUAGGAGGAGGCUAAGAGAUUCAAUUGGUAACCCGAAUGUGACACAUCAAGUCUUGGAUGACGGGACAGUCACAUGGUCAUUAUGUACUGAUAUACAAGCUUCCUUUUCUCAAUGCUUACUUCCUCAGACAAUGAAUCAUCUUGGGGAUAUAGCACUCAGGCUCAUAUGCUUGGCUUGCCCCCCAUGUUACGAAGGCAAUACAAAUUGGUCUUCAUCGUUGAAGAAGUCCAUGUGGGGGGUGUUUGAAAAUAUGCUCAAAAGGUACAAUGUAUCUGCAUUACUAAGAACACAAGUCCUUGAGGCAAUCCUCUACUUCUGCGAGAGAGACUCCGUGAUGAUCCGUCGUGUUGCUGUCGAGCAGGCCAGGUCACUACUGAGGAAACCGAUGCCGUACUACCUCCAUGCGUCGGUAGUACUUUUUCAAAGCAUUCUCUAUCGCAUCGACGGGGAUCUUGCUAAAGCUGAGGCGCAGAUACGGGACUUCAUGUGGCGGGGUCCGUCAGUUGUUACGCGGCGUGAUCAUGCACUCCUGGGACGUCUUCAUAUUUCUCUAAUUGAGAACAAAAUCAAGUGCUAUGACAGCGAUGUGCCUUCAUUUAUCUACAAGUGGGAGGCGAAACAGCCUUUAUCCACGUUGGAGAUAGAGGUGACAUCGAGACUUCAGACUGCUGCGUCACGAUUCUUCCAAUCGGUUGGUGACUUUGGCGCCGCAAGAAUCUCGUUAGAGCAAUUUCUGUCCCUGAAUACGACUAAGCCGAUACGCUCUGGGACACGACAUAUCAUCGCUGGAAGAUUGGCAGAUAUGCUUUGUGAAAUGAAGGAAUACUCCCAGGCAUUGGAUCUUAUUCAAGCGGAACUCAACAGUGUUAAAGACAGCGAACGACAACGCCGUUCAUUCCGACGCUUGCUACUAGCAUCAGCAGAAGCCAAUAUUGGGCUGAACAGGCUGGAUGCGGCGGAAGCAUUGCUGAAGGAACUCUACAGUAUCGUACCACUGAAAUUAGAUGACCUCCAUGACCAGCAACUCCAUAUGCGGCACCUCUUAGCAGAAGCACGAGUAGCUCACAUGCGGCCUGGCAUCGAAGAGGCUCUAUCACGAUGGAAGUUUGCUCUGCAAGAGGUUGAGCGGAUGCACACGCUCAAGUCUAGGCGUGGUUUUAUAGCAGCCAUGAUAUACUUAUCCAUGGCUCACGCUCAGCUGAGUAUCGGGGACAGAGACAGCGGUCGGCAUUCCUGGGCCAUGGGAGUGGAGAUUCUAAGGACUGAGAUUUGCGAGUUCUGGAUUCCCGUUGUGCCAACUAUAUGGCUGCCUCGGGUCGUGUCGGAAAUUCACGCGUUGCAAGGCUGGUCGUUCCGCAUGGCGCUACCUGGGGGAAAACCGGACAUUGCAUACCCGUGA